GAUAACAGGAAAUCCGAUAGGCUAAAGUACAGGCAGGGAAUAGACAAAAGGAGUCAUUAGUGAGGCAGACAAAAACGAUCAUACGCCGGGAGGAGUCAAUCACGGGAUACCCAGCACUUCAAACCGCCGUGUGUCACAAAACAAACAAUACCUGACAAAGAUUGGGUGCAAAGAAAUGAACUAAAUAGGUGUGAUAAUGACAUACAGGUGUGUGAACAGGUGAUCAGAAUUCAGGUGAUUGGGAUCUGGAGGGUGAGUGGCCUUCAGGGGAUCUGUGUGUUUGAGAGUGUGAGCUGGAAAGUGGGCUGGAAAGUGAGCUGUGUUCAGGGGAUCUACGUGUUUGAGAGUCAAGUGGAACAAAAGACUGAGGGGAAGGAGACGUCACACAGACUCACCCAAGAUCCCAACGGAGCAGAGAGGUCAGCUCUAUUGACACUGACUCAUCCAAGAUCCCAACGGAGCAGAGAGGUCAGCACUAUUGACACUGACUCAUCCAAGAUCCCAACGGAGCAGAGAGGUCAGCUCUAUUGACACUGACUCAUCCAAGAUCCCAACGGAGCAGAGAGGUCAGCACUAUUGACACUGACUCAUCCAAGAUCCCAAUGGAGCAGAGAGGUCAGCACUAUUGACACUGACUCAUCCAAGAUCCCAAUGGAGCAGAGAGGUCAGCUCUAUUGACACUGACUCAUCCAAGAUCCCAACGGAGCAGAGGUCAACAAUAUUGACACUGACUCAUCCAAGAUCCCAACGGAGCAGAGAGGUCAGCACUAUUGACACUGACUCAUCCAAGAGCCCAACGGAGCAGAGAGGUCAGCACUAUUGACACUGACUCAUCCAAGAUCCCAACGGAGCAGAGAGGUCAGCACUAUUGACACUGACUCAUCCAAGAUCCCAACGGAGCAGAGAGGUCAGCACUAUUGACACUGACUCAUCCAAGAUCCCAACGGAGCGGAGAGGUCAGCUCUAUUGACACUGCGGCUCCUCUAAUGCGCUGAGCUAAAGCUGACCUCCACUGAUUUCACUUUGCUAUUCUUAGAGCUGCUGCAUUGUCCUCAAUUAACACAGAGGAAAGUACAAGAGAGAUAAAGGAAUCGUGCCCAUCCUCUUGAGGAUGGUUUCUUAAACCAUGAGUGGACCCAAAGUGGGCCCUGGGCAUCUGAGGUGUGUCGCGAGUUACAGGAAUAAUCUAUAAUCACACACUAUUUGUAUAUCUCUUAAUUUAGGUCAUUGAAGAACGAUUAGGGUCACAGGGGAAGGUCAUUUUGGGUCACAAGUUGAAAAAGUUUAGGAACCCCUGCUCUAGUAUAGUAAUAGUAACCUAUUCGAACAGAUAGUGAAUUGACAGAGGAAGUAGGCCUUAGCCCCUCUCUGCAUCCCCACUCAUAUGGCAUCAUAUCAUAUCCCUUUAAUCAAACACAGGAUACAGUGUCCAAUGCACAUCCAAUGAUCUAAAUAAGCUCAGCAUGAGGACAGGAGCACCAUAACUAUUUUUGGAAGAAAUUGUUCCCUGGUAUCCCAGCUGCUGCUAAGCUUUACAGUACUGGAUCAAAAAAGAGAUGUCUCCCUGCCACUGCCAGCAUCCCUCCCUACCACCAGCAUCCCUAGUCCACCUUCAUGUGUCCUUCCUCUCCUCUGCUUCUUCCUCCUCCCAUCUCAUACAGCGUUGCUGCGGUGAUGUCAUCAUUCCCUGCUCCAGCCAAGCCAGAGAUUUUGUUCUGAGCUCUCCAAGAGCUGCAGCAGCCAUCACAUGGUCCUCACCACUGCAUCACUCACCUCCCCCCUGCUGCAGGUAGCUCAGGUUGCUAGGAGACACUAUCUCUGGCUGCCUAGUAACAGAUAAAUGUUGUGUUUCUUCCUCUGAUGGAUGAGAAAGGACUGCUUUAACACCUUCACUUUGGCUGCUCACCCACCCCCUGGACAGUGGAGUGGGACUCUGGGCAGCGACGUGGGACUCUGGACAGCGACGUGGGACUCUGGACAGUGCAGUGGGACUCUGGACAGUGCAGUGGGACUCUGGGCAGCGACGUGGGACUCUGGGCAGUGCAGUGGGACUCUGGGCAGCGGCGUGGGACUCUGGGCAGCGGCGUGGGACUGGGCAGCGACGUGGGACUCUGGACAGCGACGUGGGACUCUGGACAGCGACGUGGGACUCUGGACAGCGACGUGGGACUCUGGACAGUGCAGUGGGACUCUGGGCAGCGGCGUGGGACUCUGGGCAGCGGCGUGGGACUCUGGACAGUGCAGUGGGACUCUGGACAGCGACGUGGGACUCUGGACAGCGGCGUGGGACUCUGGACAGCGGCGUGGGACUCUGGGCAGCGGCGUGGGACUCUGGACAGUGCAGUGGGACUCUGGACAGCGACGUGGGACUCUGGGCAGCGGCGUGGGACUCUGGGCAGCGGCGUGGGACUCUGGGCAGCGGCGUGGGACUCUGGGCAGCGGCGUGGGACUCUGGGCAGCGGAGUGGGACUCUGGACAGUGCAGUGGGACUCUGGACAGUGCAGUGGGACUCUGGGCAGCGACGUGGGACUCUGGGCAGUGCAGUGGGACUCUGGGCAGCGGCGUGGGACUCUGGGCAGCGGCGUGGGACUCUGGGCAGCGGCGUGGGACUCUGGACAGUGCAGUGGGACUCUGGACAGCGACGUGGGACUCUGGGCAGCGGCGUGGGACUCUGGGCAGCGGCGUGGGACUCUGGGCAGCGGCGUGGGACUCUGGGCAGCGGCGUGGGACUCUGGGCAGCGGCGUGGGACUCUGGGCAGCGGCGUGGGACUCUGGGCAGCGGCGUGGGACUCUGGACAGUGCAGUGGGACUCUGGGCAGCGGCGUGGGACUCUGGACAGUGCAGUGGGACUCUGGACAGCGGCGUGGGACUCCGGGCAGCGGCGUGGGACUCCGGGCAGCGGCGUGGGACUCUGGACAGUGCAGUGGGACUCUGGGCAGUGCAGUGGGACUCUGGGCAGCGGAAGUGGGACUCUGGGCAGCGGCGUGGGACUCUGGACAGUGCAGUGGGACUCUGGGCAGCGGCGUGGGACUCUGGACAGUGCAGUGGGACUCUGGACAGCGGCGUGGGACUCUGGGCAGUGCAGUGGGACUCUGGGCAGCGGCGUGGGACUCUGGGCAGCGGCGUGGGACUCUGGACAGUGCAGUGGGACUCUGGGCAGUGCAGUGGGACUCUGGGCAGCGGCGUGGGACUCUGGACAGUGCAGUGGGACUCUGGACAGCGGCGUGGGACUCUGGGCAGUGCAGUGGGACUCUGGGCAGCGGCGUGGGACUCUGGGCAGCGGCGUGGGACUCUGGGCAGCGGCGUGGGACUCUGGACAGUGCAGUGGGACUCUGGGCAGCGGAGUGGGACUCUGGACAGUGCAGUGGGACUCUGGGCAGCGGCGUGGGACUCUGGACAGUGCAGUGGGACUCUGGACAGUGCAGUGGGACUCUGGGCAGCGGCGUGGGACUCUGGACAGUGCAGUGGGACUCUGGGCAGCGGUGUGGGACUCUGGGCAGCGGCGUGGGACUCUGGGCAGCGGCGUGGGACUCUGGGCAGCGGCGUGGGACUCUGGGCAGCGGCGUGGGACUCUGGGCAGCGGCGUGGGACUCUGGGCAGCGGCGUGGGACUCUGGGCAGCGGCGUGGGACUCUGGGCAGCGGCGUGGGACUCUGAACAACAAGUCCAUGAUGACACUUUUGGUAAUUUAGAACGAUGAUAAUGGACUUAAUUUACAGGACAUGAAACUGUCUGUUCAAGCUCAGUACUUAAUGUAAUUUCCAAUUGAAAAUAACUUUUAAAAAGUAGAAGUGACAUUCAAGGUAAUCAAAAAAAUAAUAAAACGUUUAAUUAAAUGUAACCAUGUUUGACCUUUUAGGAAACAUUCUGUUAAAGGAAUGAAAUACCAAGAAAAUAGUUGUUUUUUUGUAAAAUGCCUUAAAUGUGCUGACAAUGUUGCAGAACCAAGCAACUGACCUCCACCAUUCCCAGAAAGGUGUUAGGUUGUUUACAAAAUAAUCAGAGCACAACCUCUCUCACCGUGCUCUAAGAAACAUAUGGUUCUCAGAACGUUGUGUGCUCGCUGGGUAAUGUAUUCCGAAAUAUGACUUAGUUGGAGUCAAAAAAAUACUAAAGUACUGUUGUGUGUGUGUGUGUGUGGGCACGUCAAGAGAACUCUGUAGAUCUAGUGGCCUGAUGAGUCCUAGUGGCUGGGGCAGCAGAGCAGAGAGCCCAUUAAAAGUGAACAGCUCUUAAACAAACAGACUACUCAUCCAUCCCACAGAAUAUGAGGAGCACCAAACACAUGUUGAAGCAUUCAGUGUACUGCCACACACCCCCACAGGUCAAGCUGGAAAUCAGGGAAGAGUUGAGCACUUACCUCAUCCUCUCCAGACAGAGAUGGUACCCAGCCACUGAGACCUUCUAUAAAUAAACUCUGCUGAGGAGCUGUGUGAGUCAAAUACACCCGCUGGGCAGAAGUGGAAGCACUGUGUAGCUCUUCAACUUUUCACCAAAACUUUGUUGAGUUGAGGUGGUGAGUUCUGCUCCAUCUUUCUGAUGACCUACUACAACAAGAAUAGCAAGGUAAAGAUAUCUUUCUAAGACCUCUCCAAAGCUU